AGUUUACCUUCAUUAAAGCUGAUUGGAGCGAUGAGUAAAGAGAGUAAAAUGGAAAAGAAGAGUAGUCAAGAGUUGCUGGAACUUGAAGAGAGGAAAACUGGGAAGCAUUCCCGACAAGCGAGCGGUACAAGUUUAGAUUCUCUGACGAGCAGCGAUCGACCGUCUUCCAAAUCCCCGACGUCGGCCUCAUCAGGAUCGCCUUCGACAGAAAAUCUGGAAGCCCAGGAGUUGAAGAUAUUACGUGAUGCCAAUAGUAAAUUAGCACAGCCUGAGGACCCACCUUUGUUGAAUGGUGAAAAAAUACAUGCAAUUGCCAAGGAUGUCACAUACCUGUGUCCCUUCUCUGGUCCUGUCAGGGGAACCCUGUCUGUUACUAAUUACAAAUUGUUUUUUAAAAGCACUGACAGGGAAACACCGUUCAUCAUAGAAGCACCACUGGGAGUUAUAUACAGAGUAGAAAAAGUUGGUGGAUCUACCAGCAGAGGAGAAAAUGCCUAUGGUUUGGAAUUGUUUUGUAAGGAUUUCCGUAACUUGAGAUUUGCUCACAAGCAGGAGAACCAUUCAAGAAGACUAGUUCAUGAGAAACUUCAGAUGUAUGCUUUCCCCUCCUCAAAUAAACUGCCACUUUUUUCAUACGAGUUUAAAGAAGACUUUGGUGAGAAUGGUUGGGAUGUUUUUGACCCUAUAACGGAAUAUAAAAGACAGGGUCUUCCAACAGAAAGCUGGAGAAUAAGCAAAAUCAAUGAAAAUUAUGAAUUCUGUGACACCUAUCCUUCCGUGCUAGCAGUGCCUGCCGCAGCUGACGACGAUGAAUUGAGAAGAGUUGCUGCUUUCAGAAGUAGAAAUAGAAUUCCUGUUUUGUCAUGGAUCCACCCAGAAAGCCAAGCGACCAUCACAAGGUCUAGUCAACCAUUGGUCGGUGUGGGUGGUAAGAGAAGCAAAGAUGAUGAGAAAUAUAUCCAGCAUAUAUUAGAUGCUAAUGCACAGUCACAUAAAUUAACUAUAAUGGAUGCAAGACCCAGUGUCAAUGCCAUGGCUAAUAAGGCAAAAGGUGGAGGAUACGAAAGCGAAGACACAUACCAGAAUGCUGAGGUGGUAUUUUUAGAUAUUCACAACAUUCAUGUUAUGAGAGAAAGUUUACGUAAACUAAAGGAUAUCUGCUAUCCACACAUUGAUGAUCAACACUGGUUAUCAAACAUUGAAUCAACUCAUUGGUUAGAGCAUAUCAAGUUAAUUUUAGCUGGAGCAGUACGUAUUGCUGACAAGAUUGAGAGCCAAAAGAUGUCAAUUGUUCUACAUUGUAGUGAUGGUUGGGAUAGAACGGCGCAGUUAUCGUCACUUGCAAUGAUUAUGUUAGAUCCAUAUUACAGAACAAUUAAAGGUGUGGAGGUUCUCAUUGAAAAAGAGUGGUGCAAGUUUGGACAUAAAUUUUCGCAGAGGAUCGGUCACGGUGACAAGAACCAUGCUGAUGCUGAUAGAUCUCCUAUAUUCUUACAGUUUAUAGAUGCAUUAUGGCAGAUGACACGACAGUUUCCCAGUGCAUUUGAAUUCAAUGAAUAUUUCCUGAUCACCAUCUUGGAUCACUUGUUUAGUUGUUUGUUUGGCACUUUCCUCUGUAAUUGUGAGAGGGAGCAAUUCAAGGAGGAUGUGAAGAACAAGACAGUAUCUCUAUGGUCUUAUACUAACAGUCAGAUGGAUGAUUUUAGAAAUCCACUCUAUGCAGCAUACUUGAAUCAACACGUCUUAUUUCCUGUGGCCAGCAUGAGACGAAUAGAAUUAUGGACCAGUUACUAUGUGAGAUGGAAUCCAAGGAUGAGACCGCAGGAACCAAUUCACCAGAGGAACCGAGAAUUACUGGAAUUGAGAGCUCAACUUCAGAAGAAAGUUGAAGAGCUUCAGAGAGAAAUAGAUGCAAGGGAAGCAAGAGAGCUGGGACUACAAACACCUCCACCAGGAGCCAGUUCACCAACUAGAGUUGCGAGUCCUAUAAAUGCCAGUUAAAUUCCAGGAUAAACAAUACUAAUAUACCUUAUAUGGGAUCACAAGACUUGUCUUUCCCCAUAAAUAGUGUUCUACUCCUGCCAUUAUCAUUGCAUCCAGUGUUUUCCCGGACCAUGUAACCAGGGUAUUUCGAACAAUCAACAUGAUAACAGGGGGAAUGGAUCUCUGUUUGAGGGGCAAAAAUGUCUUGUGGCUCUUCUGAUCUCAAAGAGAUCUCAGUAACCAUAUUUUCAUUAAAAUGUACUGAAUAUAUUGUAUUUGACUGUAUUCGAGAGAAAGAUGGAUUGCAUUGAAGAAAAAAUCGAGGCAAUGCAACCUACUUUACAACAUUGUGCCUGAUUGGCUACUAAACCCUAAGCCCUGAAUAUCAGACCAAUCGUGGAGCAUCUUGUUUUUUAAAUUUUUUUACAUAUCAGUUAAAAUUCUGCCUUGUAUAUAUGCUUCAACUCAACUGCCACAUUCUGCAGCAGUGAGGCUUUCAGUUGCGUUCAUCACCUGGCAUCACAAUGAUUUUGGUGAAAUUCAGUCUUCAGAAAUGUGAGCAAUAGAAUUUCAAUACAUGACAGUUAUAUUUAUUUGCACAAACAAAAGUAUUUUUUCAUGGUUUAGUAAUCCAUCCUUCAAUCAUGGAAGUUAAUUUUCAUAAAAUAUAGUUUUUAAUUUUUUUCAAAAUUAAUUCAAUUAAUUAAUUCAAAAAAUAUAAUAGAAAAAAAAUCUACACCUUAAUUUCAGGUGAGUUUGUGCAAUGGAUAUAAUGGUAUUUUUUUACAGUUUUAAAAUUGUCUUUAAUCCUGGCGCCACUUGUAAAUAAUAUCACACAAAUCGUCUGGCGAAAUAUUUUUUCACAGACGAAAUUAGAUGCACGUUGGUUGCCGUUGAAUUAUUUUCUGAGAUGAUAUAUGUAGGUUUUUUCAUUUGGAGACUAUUGCUGGAUUCAUCCUCAUUUUAAAUUUAGGUGGCAUGAGAAAAUCUUUGUGAAUUCAUGCACAUUGGAACAAGGUGUAUUCUACAAGGUUAUAGUUUAGGUCAUUAGUGCUUGUACAGCACUUUUAAAAUCUGCAAAUGGAAACAGUUAUCAAAUUCAAUUUAUUCCCACCAAUUUUGAAAAUUGCAUCGCCAUAUCAAUUUUAGCAAAAAAAUACCAGAAACAUUUUUUGGGACCAUAUCUAUAACUAAGAUGCCCUAAGUUGAUAUUACUAGUCAGUAUCUAAUAUUUUAUACCUAUUUAUUUCUGUUUAUGCAUGUAUUGUCGCAGUCUCCAAAAUAGUAUGGUGGUACGCACUACAUAGAAGUUAACAUCCUGCUUGCUACAGCGUCGAUAUCAUUAUUAAUAACAUUAAUAAACAACUACUGUAAAUAAAAUCAGUAAUCUUUUUAGUAUUUAUUUGAAAAAUUUCAAUAGAACAACAUCAGAUAGUGCAGUUUGGUACGCUAGUGAUAUAGGAAUGCAGUAACUGACACCUGCUACCACGUUCCUGAACUAAGGUGGUAUUUAAUCUUCAUAUAGUUUACAGUUCAGAAAUACAUUGUACAAGACAUAAUUUGUUCUGUCUUGGCAUGCAUAUGAGGAAAACAGUACCUGAUCAAAAAGGAUACUUGUUGUUUUAAUACUGUAGAUAUCAAAGUGCAAAGAAAACUAUAUAAAACUGUCUUUCAGUGGAAUUCAGCUUUGCUUACCACUAGCAUGUAUGUAUUUGUUUCUGUAUCAAUGACGUAUGAAUAAACUGUGUUGUUGCGUUGGCGAUUGGAUACAAAUUAUAUUGAUCAUUCAUAGGCAUUCUUUUAAUAUUAAAAUGGAAUACAUCUAAGUGGUAAUAAAUGUAAAUCCCACUGUA